GUUAUCAAUAUACUGCACUGUGCAAUCUCCAAUUAUCAAUGCCUUUCUAGAGUCAAUUUCUUAAAAUGUGGUGAUUGGUGAUUUCUCUAAUGGCUGAGUUUAUUGAAGCAGUACUGCAAAGCCUCAAGCCUUCCAUUUCAGAAACAAACUCAAACAUGGAGGUGAUAGAAAACCAGGGCGCAAUGGAGGGUCUUGACUCGACUGAUCCAGGAUUCUCAGCUCUUUCAAAUAGCAUCAUGUUUGAUAAUCAGCAAGCUCUUCAGGAUCCAAUGAACUUCGCUGGUGAAUUUCAAUGUGAAAGAAAGAACGACAAGGCGAUUCCUAUACUUGAAGGCCUAGUGAUGAAUUUGUCCCCAUCUCCAGUUUCUGGAACAGGGUUGAGCCCAGAUACUGAGGGCCAAGGUGAAAGAAAGAGAAAGAGAAAGAGAAGCAACAAUGAUCAAAAGAAAUCAAAAGAAGUUGUUCAUGUGAGAGCAAAAAGAGGUCAAGCCACUGAUAGUCACAGUUUGGCUGAAAGGGUAAGAAGAGAGAGGAUAAAUAAGAAGCUGAGGUGCUUGCAGGACCUGGUCCCAGGAUGCUAUAAAACAAUGGGAAUGGCAGUGAUGCUGGAUGUCAUAAUCAAUUAUGUUCAAUCUCUGCAAAAUCAAAUUGAAUUUCUUUCCAUGAAGCUCUCGGUAGCUAGCCCGUACCACGAGGUCCACGACCUCAUGUCUGCAAUGGAUGCUGCACAAACAACGCAGGGACAAGAGAUGGGAAGAGAAGGGUAUGGAGGAGCAGGAGCUUCCUAUUUCGACUCCGCACCAUAUGGCCAAUUUGUAUGCGAUCCUUAGUCGUCAGCUCUACAGUCCGGCCCUUGCAUCAGGAGAACAAUAAAAAAAUUUCUAAACUUCUCUAUUUUUAUAUCUUUGUAUUUGUUCUUCUUUAAGGAUAAGAUAUAUAUAUAUAUAUAUAUAUGACUGAGCAUCGUUUGAUUAGUGAUUAGAAAAAGAAUUUUGUUAAAUAGAGAAACUAAAAAUGAUCUUCUUUGUUUGUGCUUGUAUUAAAUCUCCAGUAUUUGA